AUGGGCCAGAAGUACUAUGCAGUGGCAGUGGGCAGGAAAGUCGGUGUUUUUGACACAUGGGAAGAGACUCGCGCCCUAGUCACCGGCUUCAAGGACAACCUCCACAAGUCGUUUUCCACAAGGGAAGCUGCCGAGACCUUUGUGUGCGAGAACGCGAAGCCGGCAGACGAUGCCAGCUCUGGUGCCCCUGUCCGGUCCGAUGACGACUCCGACACCGAGCCGGACUCGGACUAUUGCCCCGAGCUAGAACCCGAGCCCGCGCCCAAGCCAAAGCAGCAGCCGCCCACCAACGUCAGCCGUGCUCCCAAGAACACCCGCCUUCCCCUGACGGAAGCCAAGAGGGCUCCUAUGGCGACGGUGUCCGAGGAGAAGGGCAACAAACUCGACAGGACACGAGUGCCGACUGCGCUGGGAGAUGGCGUCAAGGAGCUGGCCCGGCGCGGCCGCUCUAGCAACAACAGCAAGAGGGGAAAGAACAUGGCUGACGGUGGCACCAAGAACAGAGCUCGGCAGGGCCGCAGCCACUGGCACAGAGACACCAGUGACGAGUCCGACUAUGUUCUAGCGCAGGCCUCCAAGAUGUUUGACUUGAGCAUCCGCGUCUCUGGUGUGUAG